AGAGAGAGAGACCCUGAGCGGGCAUGACUGCUGGAGCUCUGACAGGAAACUUCAGCAGCAGCAGCAUUCAGACUCCACCGCCUCAGCCGCAGUUUGCCGUCUGAAAUGCACUUGACUGGGAGUGCGGAGUUUCUGUGAAACUCAUGGCUCUCCAUCUUCAUUCACCGACAGCCCGUCACUGAAGAUAACGCACAGUAACCGGGACUCUUUUCGAGGAUAAACUUUGGAGCUAAAUGACAUUUCUUUGCUUUUAACCCACGCUGGAUAUGAGGAUGGAGACGCUAUUUUACCUGCUUGCUUUCUUGUUGCCCCGGGUCAGUUGGGGUCUUGGGUAUUCGGAGUCCAGUAUUCAGACGGGACAGAGAGCGGCCAGCAGACACAGGAACUGGUGUGCUUAUGUGGUGACACGCACUGUUAGCUGUGUGAUGGAGGAUGGGGUGGAGACGUACAUCAAACCAGACUAUCAGCGCUGUACCUGGGGACAGUGUCCCAGAGUUGCCUACCGGACAUACAGGAGGCCAAGGUAUAAGGUAGCUUACAAGAUGGUGACAGAAAUGGAGUGGAAGUGUUGCCAUGGUUACUCUGGUGAAGACUGCCACAACGGGCCGAAGGUAACCACCGACACUCAGGUCAAUGGAGGGCGACCCCACGUCACGCAGACGGGCUACAACACAGGCGGCGGACAGAGAGGAGAAGGUGACACUGAGAAGAUCAGACAGCUGGAGGAAACCAUCCGUGGUCUGUCCAAAGACCUCCACAACAUGCAGACUACCAUUCACAACAUGAACCAGAGGCUACCUGGUCUGAAUGGGGCCAUUGUCCCUGCUGAUUCAGCUCAGCCACACAUGAAGGAAACCAUCAAUAACAUCCAGACCAAACUGGACCAUCUCUACAACAGGACACAGGUCCACGACCAAACCCUGCUCACCAUCAACAACCACCUGGUGAACGGAGGGGGCAAUGAGCUGGAUGGAGUGGCCAGAGGAGGAGAAGGAACUGGGGGAAACCAGCUGAACACGCUGAAGGAGGAGAUACUGACGGAGCUGGAGAGAAGGGUGUCUCUGUCCUGCUCUGCCUGCCAGGCUGGUGUGGAGGAUCUGAGGCGCCAGCAGCAAGAGGACAGGGAGCGGAUCCAAGCCCUGGAGAAGCGGAUCAACUCCAUGGACCAGCACCUGAGGCAGAGCCUAGACAUCUCCCGCAGUCACACUGAACGCUUCCAGGUCUGCUGCAACACAGUCACUGAGCUGGAGAAGAGGUUGUCCAAUGUAGAUGUCCGUGUCACCUCCACAGCGAACAAGUGCGACACUAUUAAAAGUCGGCUGGAUAAGGAGCUAGCCGGGACAGGUGGGGGAAAGGGAAGGGUGUCAGAGGACAGGUUGAAUAACAGACUGAGAGAACUGGAGAAGAGGGUGAAUAACACGGUGAGAAAGGCAGAGCAGAGGUGCACUAACACUGGGAACAACAUGAAGGACAACGUCCAGAGAGACUUCACGCAGCUGCGCAACAUGGUCCUCAGUCGGCUGGAUGACAACAGCUUCAAAAUCGGGAAGAUAGAGCUGGACGUGGCUGUUCUCGGAGAUACAGUCACUGACCACAGUCGACGUUUAAGUCAGCUAGAGAACAUCACAACCUUCCUGGACAGAAGGCUAACGUCAACCACAAACUUGUGCAAUGAGACUUGUGGUCCUAAUGGAAAAGGGCGUGCGACUGAUGACACUGUGAAAACCUUAGAGUGGAGAGUUGUCUCCAACCAAGAGGAGAUCCAGAAGUUUAACACCAGGUUAAAUGAUUUGUCUGUGUCAGGGGACUCGCUGUCUGACAGAGUGAUUAACCUAACAGAUGAUAUCAAAAAGAUAAUAGAUGUGACAGGAGUGAACGGCGAGAAUUUCAACCGGAUUGUCACAGUGGUUGAAACGUUGGGCCGUGAUUUUGAGGAUUGUUCUGUUUGCAGCAGUGUAGAGGAAGACUUGCGCUCGUUUACCAACUCCACAUUGAUCGGCCUCAGCAAGUGCCAGGCAGAGCUAACAGAUCUGCGGAGAAAGGUGGACUCAGGAGAAUCUGUCUGCUCUCAGGUGUGCUCUAACCUUCAGGAGGAGGUUGGACGACUCAGAGAGGAAGUCGAAGAGUGUACUGGGCAGUGCAAAAACAACAUAAAUGACCUGAAGACGCGCCUGGACGGUCAUAGUGUCCAUAGUGGGAGAUUAGGAGGGGAUCUGAAGUCCAUCCAAGGAGAGUUGGCUGGAGUCAUGGUCACGUUUAACUCAAUCAACAACACUCUGAAGGGCCUGGGAAGGACUGUACAGACACACGGCAACACGCUGACUGAUCUGACCAACACCAAGGACAGCAUCGUCUCUGAGGUGGACAACUUGCAGAAGGAGCUGACAGAGCACGUCGAUGACUCGAAGCGCCGAUUUGGCAAUCUGGACAAAGAGAUCCAAAUAAUAAGGAGCAACUAUGUGACGGAGGUGGGGGAGUGCCGGCGAUCCAGUGACGGCCUGGACCGAAGACUCUCCAAGCUGGAGGGAGUGUGCGGCCGCUUCGACUCUUUUUCAGACAGCCUGGAGAGGAUCAAGGAGGGCCUAAACCGACAUGUGUCUGGGCUGUGGACCUGCGUUAAUGGACUCAAUGUCACUGUAACGUCUCAAGGAGAUCUUAUCAACAAUAUCCAGAAUGUCCAGCUGGAGAAAGUCCACUCCAACAUACACAGACUGAACUCCUCCGUGGUGGACUUGGUCAAGGAGUUCCACAGUUUCAUAGAGCAGGACUUUAUGGGUCCACCUGGUCUCCCGGGCCCCCGCGGAGAGAGAGGCGAGCGUGGACUUCAGGGUCUUGAAGGACCCCAAGGGAGGGUGGGUCCUCCAGGAAAAGAGGGCAAGCAGGGACCAGCUGGACCCCCAGGUCUCAGAGGUGAACAGGGUCUUGCAGGGUCUGAUGCCCAUGUGCCCCGCCUUUCUUUCUCUGCUGCACUGACUCGCCCGAUGAGGAGCGCAGGAACCAUAGUGUUCAAUGAGGUCUUUGUCAAUGAAAAUAAAGUCUACAAUCCCAGAACAGGUUAUUUUACAGCUCCGGUGAGAGGGAAGUACUUCUUCAGCGGCAUCCUUACGGGCCACAAGAACAUGAAGAUCGAGGCCGUGUUGUCCAAGUCCAACACAGGUGUGGCCCGAGUGGACUCGGCUGGGUAUCAGCCUGAAGGCCUGGAGAAGCCAAUGGCAGAGGCCAAACACAUCCCUGGAGCUCUGGGUGUCUUCAACAUUAUCCUUCCCAUGGAGGCAGGUGACACGGUCUGCAUCGACCUCGUCACUGGCAAACUGGCCUACUCCUCUGAACCUUUGACCAUCUUCAGUGGGAUGCUGCUGUACGAGACCAUCUGAUUGGAUGUUGUCUCGCUGUAAUUAGUCUCUCUGGGUGAAACUUUCAGCAUGAGAGCAUCUAAUUUGUCUGCUUGACUGUCAGAGACAGAGCCGCUGGCUGAACAGUCAGAGAGACUGAAAUAACUGGACUGGAUUAAUUCAGGAAGGAGGAAAAUAGUUUGUAUUUUACUAAAUGUCCUAAGAAGGAAGAAAAGAAAUCAGUUUUUGUGUUUCACAGCUUUAAAGAAAACAAUUUGAGCAAAGAGCCAUUGUGUUUUUAUUCGAUAUGUUUUCUUCAGUAAAAGCCACUCCAAGGUUGUUAUAAUUCCAUAUUUCAUGCUGUGCUCUAAACUUGAAUUCUUUACUGAUGACACCGUGAUAACCUUCAUGUCUCACUUGUGUUGAUGAAAGUAGGAUGAUAGCAUUAGAUUGGAGGGUUUUUCUGUUUGUUUUUUUGUAAUCCACCCACAUCAUAUCAAAUGUUCAGAGAUUAUUGCACCCUCAUUUUUCUAAAGCAGUUUCUUUUCUUCAUGCUCACAGUUUCAAUUUGACCACAAGAAAAUUCCCAGAAACGUAACACUGAAUGCCAAUUGUCUCGGAAAAAUUGCAGAGUGAUGUAGGCGGAGGGGACACAGUCCAAACCACUAUUCUUUAGAAGGAAAUGCACAAAUGAAGUCACUGACAGUUCAGUGGAGGAACCACAGGAUUGUAUAAAUCAUACAACAGCAAAACAAUAAGACCAUUUUAGGACAUUAGCUAUGCCCAGAAACACAGCAGGCGGAGGAUAACCAGGGGGAAGAAUGGGGAUUUUUUUUACUCCUAAUAAGUCCUAAUAAGGGCCAUCUAAACUUGGUGGAGGAUCAAGUAUUUAAAGUCAUGAAGCUGUUACUAUCAGUCUAUCUUACAUUGGAUUUUUCAUGUAGAGCUAAUAAUAACAAACAAUGAAGCUACACAUACCGCUGUGUCUAUGCUUCAGAUCCCACCUCUUCCAUGAUUACACACACUUACUGCCUUUAGAAGUCUAAUUAAAGAAGAAAAACCAAGUUUGUAGAUAUUUUUGAAUGGAUUUCAAAAGGAACAUUGCACAUUUUCUGCUAGGACAGUACAGCAGAAUGGGCGGCAUACUGCAUUAUAUUUACAUUAUUACAUGAAGCAAUACCAUCAGGGUUUGUUCACAAUGCAUAUUUUUCUAAAUGUUUUCUCUGUGUUUAGUGUGGGAAUGUCAUUUUCUAUGUUUCUAUGCAUUGUAUAACCUUGAAAGAAUGUAAAUAUUGUUCAGCAGUUUUGCCUGUAUAAGAUUUUUAUGAGUUACCACUUCACCUUGCCAGGUACUGUAUAUGUUUUGUAUGUUUUUGCCACCUGUGUGCCUGAAAUACAGAUACCCAGUUUUACACA